AUCUUGUAAAGUGUCUUGUACCUGCUCCUCAGAUGUAAAUGUUUAUCAUUCCGUCAAAGUGAUCGUGCGAGAAAAGGCUAUAAACAGCUGUAGACUUCCGCAUCUUGCGAAGCUGGAAAUGUGAUCGACCCGAAGAAGAGAAGUGAGUUCGACUGCUGCUGAGUGAGUGAAAUAAGUGCUAGUUGCUGGUGGAAUUACGAGUGAAAUUUCGGCGGAAUAUAAAAGCACAUCACAUGUCCUCUACUGACAGGUGAUGAAGAACAUUCAGUAGGGACGAUGAUGAUGAUGAUCUGUGUUUCAAGUGAUAGUAUAGUUUGUUAGUAAAGUCAAACAUGGAUUUUGCUCAGCCGCCUCCGAUCGUGGGGGGCCACGCGCCACCACCUGCCAACCUCAGUAUGCCCCCUCCGAACAUGCCACCACCCAACUUGUCAUUGCCUCCUCCAAACAUUGCCAGCAUGGGCAACCCGAUGGGUCCCCCAGGUGGAUACAACAAUCCAAAGGGCGAGUACAACAAGAACUGGCCUGCUGGACAGAGACACCACUUCAGACCUUACCUUAAUGUAGCUCGACCACUCCCAGGUCCACUCGGCAAUAUGACUUUGGAGGAUUUUGAUGGCAAGAGGUUGCGAAAAAGUGUGAUGAGAAAGACUGUAGAUUAUAAUUCCUCGAUUAUUAAAGCUCUCGAAAAUCGAGUUUGGCAGAGAGAUUUCAGGGAUCGGAGAGCCCUGCAGCCGGACGUUAUGUAUUAUCCGGACCUCAUGCCGCCUCCCAGUUACCCCGACAAUCCGAUAAAUUGUGUGACCACUAGAUUCGUGAAGACGGCCACGAAUAAGAUGAGAUGUCCGAUAUUCUGUAUGGCCUGGACACCGGAGGGCAGACGAUUGGUGACCGGUGCAAGCUCCGGCGAGUUCACAUUGUGGAACGGACUCACGUUCAACUUUGAAACUAUCCUCCAAGCCCACGACAGUCCGGUGCGAACGAUGGUGUGGUCCCACAACGACAGCUGGAUGGUGACAGGAGACCACGCUGGUUACGUCAAGUACUGGCAGUCGAACAUGAACAAUGUGAAAAUGUUCCAAGCGCAUAAAGAGGCCCUCCGCGGAAUAAGCUUCAGCCCGACGGAUAGCAAAUUUGUAACCUGUUCAGAUGACGGGACGCUCCGCAUUUGGGAUUUCUUCAGGUACCAAGAGGAGAAGGUUCUGCGAGGUCACGGGGCGGACGUGAAGUGCGUCCAUUGGCAUCCGCAGAAGGGGCUGAUCAUCUCCGGCAGCAAGGACAACCAGCAACCAAUCAAACUGUGGGAUCCGAAGAGUGGGCAGUCUCUGGCGACGUUGCACGCCCACAAGUCGACGGUGAUGGAUCUGAAGUGGAACGAUAAUGGUAACUGGUUGAUCACUGCGUCGAGAGACCAUCUGCUCAAGUUGUUCGAUCUGAGGAAUCUCGGACAGGAGGUCCAAACGUUCAGAGGUCACAAGAAGGAAGCGUCGAGCGUAGCUUGGCAUCCGCAUCACGAGGGACUCUUCUGCAGUGGAGGAUCUGACGGAUCCAUCAUGUUUUGGCAUGUCGGAGCUGACAAGGAGGUUGGUGCGAUCGAGCAGGCCCAUGACAGCAUAGUAUGGACGUUGGCUUGGCAUCCGCUCGGACAUAUUCUCUGUUCCGGAUCGAAUGAUCAUACCAGCAAGUUUUGGACGAGAAACAGACCCGGAGACCAGAUGAGAGAUAAAUACAAUUUGAACACUUUGCCACCGGGAGUCGCUGGAGCCGAGGACAUUGACAUUGAUGAACCGUCAGUAAUUCCGGGAAUGGGACCAGAGGAUAAAGUGGAGUCUUUGGAUCCCGAUGAUUCUGACCUUCCGGGCAGUGUUUCGAUGGAAAUUCCCGGAUUAGAUUUGGACCCGAAUUCGAACGAGGACAAGAAGGCGAAGAAGGUGCCCUACAGUAAGCCAAUUCCACGAAACUUCCAAGCGCAAUGGAACGAAACUGCAGAUGAAGAGUCGGCAAUUAACGAAGUCAUAUCGCAGAUUGUCGAAAACACACCCGGCGUAGUUCCGUUGCAAAAGAUCACUCCGAACGCUAUCAUAAUAUAUGGAAAGUUGAUUCCUGUGGAAGCGGGAUCAAAGUUGGAGCAGGCUAUAAACGACGGUCCCGAGGCGUUGCAGAAGUUCAUCGAUUCAGGCCAGAUCGAGGAGCUGCACGAUGUGAUGCCUCACGACGAUGAGCACGAUUACUUGAACGACGCAUACGUCGACGAAGAGGCGGAGGAUGAGAACAUGGAUGUGAAGCGUGUACCGACGCCGCCGAUCUGGGAUAAACCGCCCGGUUGUGAUCAAUCGUCUUCGGGUAGUAUAGACCAAGAUAUGAGGCCCUCCUUUAUACCACCUCCGGAUUUAGAUAUGAGAAACCGAGGGGAGAUGGAUUACCGAGGAGCACCUCCGGAUUUCAUGUACAACGAGGGCGGCGGUUUCAACUCGUCCAGGUACGAUGACGAAGACGAUGAUUACAUGGACAACCGAAACUUCCAAAGAAACGGCGGAAACUUCAACAACCAGUUCGGAAGGAACGGAGGACCUCCGAUGAACUUCCCGCCCAACUAUAACAGGGGAGGCGGCGGCGGCGGUGGAGGAGGCGGUGGCGACGGAGGUAACUUUAACAAUCGCAACUUCCGGCCGGACAUGGGACCGAACAGGGGACCUCCGUCCUCCUCGAAUAGCGAUUUUAGGCCGCGCGGCGGUAACAGCAACAAUCGCGGUCCACCGAUGCGCAACAUGCGUGGACCCCCAAAUUCGAGGGGAGGACGUGCUAUGCCGCACCGAAUGCGGGGCGGUCCAAAUAUGGGUCCGAGGAUGAACAGAGGGCAACCACCAAACAGGAGGAUCUUCUGAACAUUGCUUAAGUGAUUGUGAUGCGAGUGAGAGAUGGGCGAAAGAGACAGAGGGGGGUGAGCUUGGUGGAAUUGAAACAAAGGUGCACCAAAACUUUUUACGAUGGUUUAUGAUAUUUUUUUUUUUCGAUAAUAUUCUUUUUCAAUUGUGUA